CAUCAAAUCACCGCAAAUUAGUGGAAGUCAGCAGCAAAGCAGAAAAUGUUGCGAAGAUUUUCGCUUGAAAGAGUGAAAACUUUGAGGGCUUUGAGGCCUCAGAUUUUCGCUCUCGGAAACUCUCACUUCUCUACUGCCACUGAGCCGUCGUUCAAUCGCCGUAAUUCUUCGAGAGUUCCCAAUCUUAUUGGAGGUACUUUUGUUGACUCACAAGCGACAGCCGCAAUUGAUGUUAUUAACCCUGCAACACAAGAAGUUGUUUCGCAAGUUCCUUUAACAACAAAUGAAGAGUUCAAAGCUGCAGUGUCUGCAGCAAAGAAGGCUUUUCUAUCAUGGCGCAACACCCCUGUUACAACUCGUCAGCGCAUCAUGUUCAAACUCCAAGAACUUAUCCGUAGAGACAUUGAUAAGCUAGCCAAAAAUAUCACAACUGAACAGGGCAAGACGUUGAAGGAUGCGCAUGGUGAUGUCUUCCGUGGGCUUGAGGUGGUGGAACAUGCCUGUGGAAUGGCAACCCUACAAAUGGGAGAGUAUGUAACCAAUGUUUCAAAUGGAAUUGAUACCUUCAGUAUUAGGGAGCCACUUGGAGUUUGUGCUGGGAUAUGUCCUUUCAACUUUCCUGCAAUGAUUCCAUUAUGGAUGUUUCCUAUUGCAGUUACAUGUGGGAAUACCUAUGUUUUAAAACCAUCAGAAAAGGAUCCUGGGGCCUCCAUGAUGCUGGCAGAAUUAGCCAUGGAAGCUGGUUUGCCAGAUGGUGUCUUAAAUAUUGUCCAUGGAACCAAUGAUAUUGUAAAUGCUAUUUGUGAUGAUGAUGAUAUCAGAGCUGUAUCAUUUGUUGGUUCCAAUACUGCUGGUAUGCACAUUUAUGCAAGGGCAUCAGCUAAAGGAAAACGUGUUCAGUCCAACAUGGGUGCCAAAAAUCAUGGGAUUGUCAUGCCUGAUGCAAACAUGGAUGCCACAUUAAAUGCUCUAGUUGCUGCUGGUUUUGGUGCUGCUGGACAGAGAUGCAUGGCACUAAGCACCGUGGUUUUUGUUGGUGACUCAAAGUCAUGGGAGAGCAAACUUGUAGAACGUGCCAAAUCUCUUAAAGUUAAUGCUGGAACUGAACCUGAUACUGACCUUGGUCCAGUAAUCAGCAAGCAGGCCAAGGAACGGAUAUACAACUUAAUUCAAUCUGGGGUGGAGAGUGGUGCCAAACUACUGCUUGAUGGGAGAAAUAUAGUGGUUCCAGGAUAUGAGCAAGGCAAUUUUAUUGGUCCCACAAUCUUAUCUGAUGUGACAGCUGACAUGGAGUGUUAUAAGGAAGAAAUUUUUGGUCCAGUUCUCGUUUGCAUGAAGGCUGACAGUUUUGAUGAGGCCAUAGACAUUGUUAACAGAAACAAAUAUGGCAAUGGAGCUUCUAUAUUCACUACCUCCGGUGCAGCUGCAAGGAAAUUCCAGAUAGAGAUUGAAGCAGGACAGGUUGGCAUCAAUGUUCCCAUACCAGUUCCCCUGCCCUUUUUCUCAUUUACUGGCUCCAAGGCAUCUUUUGCAGGCGAUCUUAAUUUCUAUGGCAAGGCGGGAGUCAAUUUUUACACCCAAAUCAAGACAAUAACUCAACAAUGGAAGGAUUUACCUAGUGGCAGUGGAGUUUCCCUGGCAAUGCCAACAUCACAGAAAUUGUAGAUCAACAUACCAUGCCUGAUUGAUUAUACAAUGCUGUUACGAUAGCCAGGGCAGUCCACUGCUUUAUUUAUUGGAUACAGUAUGAACAUCCUCCUUAUGAAUAUGGCCACAGGCCAAAGAUCCUUAAACAAUAAACAUGUUUGUCUCUGCUUCCUGUAAUAAAGUGUUGUUUGGUCCAAGUUCGAUAUUUCAUUCUUGUACCAAUGUCUGAAUUCCCUCUAAUUUGAAUUUGUCCAUAAUUAAACAGAUGAUCCUUUC